AGCUUUUCGUAGAGGGGGAAAAUAUUAGUUGCGGUUUGCUUUUGUCGCCGAACGGUUGUUUUCUGGUUUUUUUUACUUUUUGGAAAAUUUGCGGGAAAUUUUAAUUAAGUGCGAAAAAAAACAUGCCGUUAGUCAGCGGUCAAGGUGUUUUUUUGUUGGCGCUGCUGCUGAUUGCCGCGAUGCUCUCAUUGAUGCCUACGAAGAUCACAGCUGUUUCGAUUGAUGAGCAAUGCAUGCAUGCGGACAGCUGUGAGAGAUGCCUGGGCGCCCACCUGGAUUGUGCCUGGUGUACGGACAAGGCCUAUCAGGUGCGCUGGCGCUGUUUCACUCGCUCCCAACUCCUGAAGUUCAACUGCAGCGAAAAUGAGAUCUACGAGAACCAGCCGGUGGUCGAUCUACUGCAGGAGCGUCCCCUCAAGGACUACCAGACGAGCGAUGAUCAAGCGGUUCAGGUGACGCCGCAGCGGGCAUACCUCAAGCUGGUCAAAGGGAACACGCAAAGCAUCAAGCUGCGGUAUCGAACGGCACGCAACAAUCCACUCGACCUUUAUGUCCUCAUGGACCUGACCUGGACAAUGCGCGACGACAAGGAAACGCUCGAGGAACUGGGCACACAACUAACCCAGACACUGCGCAAUCUCACGGAAAACUAUCGUUUGGGGUUCGGCUCGUUCGCGGACAAGCCCACGAUGCCGAUGGUACUGCCUCAAUUCAAGGAGAAUCCCUGCGCCCUCGUGGGGGCCGUCUGCGAGCCAACCUACGGGUAUCGGCAUCAGCUCUCGCUAACCGAAGAUAUUCGAGCAUUUACAGCCGCAGUGGCGGGCAGCAAGAUCACCGGGAAUCUGGAUAAUCUGGAGGGCGGACUGGAUGCUCUGAUGCAGGUGAUCGUCUGCCCCAAGGAGAUCGGUUGGCAGCAGCAGGCCCGCAAAGUGGUGAUCCUGGUCACCGAUGGGUUUAUGCACUUGGCCGGCGAUGGUCUCCUGGCUGGCAUCGUUGAGCGGAAUGAUCGUCAGUGUCAUCUGAAUAGAGCGGGCGAGUAUACGGGUUCCUUGGAGUACGAUUAUCCCUCAUUGGAGGAGAUCUAUAGAGAGCUUCUGAGGCGCAAGAUCAAUGUGAUCUUUGCCGUGACAAAGGAGGUGGUCAGCACCUACCGGGAAUUGAGUGCCCUGAUGAAGGAGAUCAGCUAUGUCGAUAUACUCAGUGCGGAUUCAUCGAAUAUAUUGGAACUGAUUAAGAAAAGCUACGAGAGCCUGAUCAAGCGCACUCAAUUCGAUGACAACAGUCCGGACUUUAUCCACUUGGAGUACUAUACGGAUUGUGCCGGACAGUUCCCGACGCUAAGGAAGCGGAAUUACUGCAACAAUCUGAGCCUGGGCAAGGAGAUCGAAUUCUAUGUGAAUGUCACACUCAAGGAGUAUCCCCCGAAUGGGGUUCUUACGCAUAAAAUCCGAGUAGAGGAGACCUCUCUUAAUGAGUACAUGGAACUGGACGUGGAGCUGCAGCGUCCGUGUCCGUGCCAGGAGGAGCCCGAGCCCCAGAACGAGGAAGGACGCUUUCAGUGCUUGGAUCAAGGCUACCUGUACUGCGGCAUGUGCGUCUGCGACGAGGGCUGGACGGGUACCUAUUGCAUGUGCCCCACCGACCACACGAAUAUCACCACCAACGAGGCAUUGCUGCUGCAGUGCCGUGAACCCAACCCAGACGAUGGUGGCCGGUCCGCACAGGUGUGCUCCAAUCGUGGCGAGUGCGAUUGUGGCAGCUGCAACUGUGAUCCUGGCUAUACGGGAGACUACUGCGAGUGUCGGGAGUGCCAGGACUGCGAUGAGGAUCGGGCCGAUUGCUACUGUGGCAAGUGCGUCUGCAAGUACGGAUGGUCGGGCAAUCGGUGCAAUUGCAAGGAGGAUACCGACGCCUGUCUGGGACCCACGGGCGAGCUGUGCUCCCAGCGCGGAACCUGCGACUGCGGCGAGUGCAGCUGCGAUGACCCCUUCCUGGGGAAGUUCUGCGAGAUCGAUCCCGAGAAGGACAACAAACUGUGCCAGUUCUACGAGCCGUGUGUCACCUGCCUGAUCGAGCAGCGGCAGGGCAUGGGGGCGUGCGACAAUCUGAGUGAGAUCUGCACGAGCCUCGACAGCCAGGAGCGCUUCACCUACUCCUUUGUGGCCGAACUGGAGGCGGAUGUCCGCUGUCUGGUGCGGAUCGUCAAUAAGCAUGGCAUCCAGUGUGACAGCUACUUUGGCUAUCAGGUGAUCGAUCACGCCAACUAUCUUUCGAUCCAGGCCACGGACUGCGAACCCCUCGACUAUGUGGCUCUGUUCGGGUUCAUUUCGGGGUUCACGCUGCUGAUCGGCCUGCUGUUGAUAUUCCUUUUCAUUUGGUGCAUCCGAAGGAAGGAUGCCCGCGAGUAUGCCCGCUUCGAGGAGGAGUGGGCCAAGCGUGUCAGCCAGGAGAAUCCCCUUUACCGCGAUCCCGUGGGUCGCUAUGUAGUACCGAAGGCAUUGAGUACCAAGUUUGAUGAGAAUCCAUUUGCCAGUUGAUCGAUCAUCGAUUGAUGUCUUUAGUUAAGGGUUUAUUUUAAAGGCCUCUUUUGGCUCAGAGGAUCAUAUGUGAAGUGCAAAGCCUCGUUCUAAAGAGUCAGAGGUUCUUAAGUAUAGAUAGAUCAUAGGUUUUUAUAGCUUUAUAUAUUUCUAAGUACCAUUCGUUGUGUUCAAGGAUCAUUCGCAUAUAGCACUCUACAACUAGUACACAAAAACCUUUCGUAUCCAUAGGCCCUUCUCAUGGUUUGACCCCAACUUUUAAACAGAUAAUUAUCUGCACCGUUGUCAUCUAUUUAUAGACAUAAACGAUACCUUAAACAACGGCCAA